CAAUUCUGCCCACCCACCCCUUUCGUUGCAAGUGCACGCAUUUCGCGAUGAGUUUAACGCACACAUUCGCUCUCUAGUGAGGGGGUUUACUCUCGCGUUCUCUCUCGCUGUUUCCUUUCUCUCUGUUUGAGUUAAAAAAUAAAUGAAGGGAGCAUAUUGAAUACGUUUACGUAGUCUGCUCCAUAAGGGGUACGCACAGAUCGGUGGCAACAGUGGUACAGUACAGGGUAGUAAUGUUUGCUCCCGCCUGGCGCCUUUCGCACCCUUUACAGUGGUAGUAGUAGUAGUAGUACGCGGUAUUCCCGUUGUCAAAAGUAGCGGACGCACUCGCAGAAAUAACGCGCGCGCGAGAGAGUGAGAGAGCGAGAGUACGAAGGGUUGGGAAAAAAAUCAAGUUUUGAGCGUACUGGUGGAGCAGAUUUUAUUCGUUCGCGGUACGCAGCCCGAGAGUGUACCGAUCUCGAGAUCACUCCUCACUCUUUGCCUGGCUGGAUCGCGAAGGGUUGUGCACGUUCCGUUCCGGUGUUGGGAUGUGUUUAGUUGGUUUCGAUCGAUAGCAUCCGUGCAACAACAACAAAAAAAAAACAAGGUUCGUGAAAAACAGUUUCCACUUCACGGUGGGUUUAAGUGCUAGAUUUGGGGAAAAUCUUGUACCCGGAAAUGGUGGUUUAAAUUUUGUUUUUUGUUUUUAGCUGUGUGUGUCUAUUUCGUGAUAUUGUGUGUUGUGCAAAACUUCGCAGCGUUUAACUGCUAAAUGCAACGUGUCACUACGAACUCUUUUCUCAACGUGCUGGGUAGUCGUUGGCGGUAGUAUCACCCACAAAAGGGUGGUGUGUGGAAAAUAUCUAAUCGUGUGCUCUAUCCGAGGUACAGCAGCGGAAGCGGAACAGUUUCACACCUGAACCGUUUGCCCCCACCUCUCAGUGAAGAAAGAACAAACAAAUUCAACUCCCAACUUCGCUAUCCACUCCAAACCACAAUGCGAAGAGAUCAGUGUUAAAGAAGAUCAAUUUGUUACAAUCGAUAUAAUCAAUAAUUUAUUUCAUUUCAAUCGUCCCCAGAAUAGUGACCCCAAAAAAAAAAAUCGUCGUCACUGCAGAAACUGCAGCUCGAGUAGCUAAGGCUGAAUGUUGUACCGACAUUGGUAGUACACGGUAGUGUUGGCAUCCGCCAAGAAUAAAGUGAAUUGUGCGGUUCAAGCUGGCUCGGGUGAAGUGAUUAACCCACGGAUACAAAGAAAGUUGCACACUGAAGUUAUUGUAUAAGGUAGUGUGCUUUUUUUUACAUAUAUAUAUACACCCAUACACAUAUGGGUGUGUGUGUGUGCGUGAAAAGUGUGCAAAGAAAAAAGGUUGAAAACAAGAAGUGAUCAUACGCGGAAAAUAAAGCGAAACAAAAAGAGGGUUGAAUAAAACAUACCGAAGGGCGGCCUGCGAAAACUUCUUCCCCACUCGACACGCUAUUUAUUGCCGCCCGUACAGCAUCCGUCCAGCAUCAGCUCCAGCACAUACUCACUGCACGGUGGCCCCAAAAGGCGCGCCGUGUUUUAGCAGCUGUGCAGCUAGCGAGCAAGAUUCUAAACGAGCAAACGAGAUCUUUGCUGCGAUCGUGCGCUCUCGCUCGAUUAGUGAGUCGCUCGGCUGAACCAGUGUGAAAAACCUGAAUUCUGCGAGCCCGACAUCCAGCUCUGGGCUUUUGGAAGGGUUGGGCUUUGACUGCUGACUUAAGCGUUUGUCCGCGCGCGCGCGCACGAGUGUUUCUCUCUGUGUGAGACAGAAAGAAGAUAGAAAAUUGUGUGUUAGAAAGAACCCGGGCCAUAUCCCGUGCGGUGCGUAUAUAAGCGGGAGAAACAAAAAAAAAACAACAUGGCGUUCAACGGUGGUGCAGCUGGAGGGAACGGUAGUGCAGCGGCUGCAGUGGCCGCCGGUGCAGCAAAUAAUGCCAGCGACGAGAACGAAUCAACCGGUGCGAACAAGAAGAAGAACCUGAUCAUACUGGUCGACAAAGAUUCGAACGAUAAGCUGAACGAGCUGUUCGACAAGACGCUCAGCAAUAAGCUCCCGCUACAGAUACCGUACCGCAUGCGCAAGCUGCCGGAGUCGUUCUUUAUGCCACCGUCGUCCGGCUCCAAGUCACCGUCGGUGUCGCACUCGCGCGAAAACUCGGCCGAUUCGGCGUUCGGCUCCGGGACGACCAUACUCGGCGGCGUGACCGGUGUCGCGACCGGUCCGAACGGUUUGCCAAUUCAUCACAGCCGCGCCCACAGCAGCCCCGCCUCGCUCGGGAAAAUCCCGGUCGGUUUGGGUGGGCUGGGCGGUGGUGUGGUAGCGGCGGCCGCCGCCGCUGCCGCUGCAGCUGCCGCGGCCGGUGGCAAUGGGGCCGGCGGUGGAGGCGGUGGCGGUGGUGGCAAUAGUGGCGGAGGGGCUGGCAAUAAUGCCGGUGCUAGCGGGAGCAAGUCGGCCGCGGCCGCUGCUCAGGCUGCUGCGGCAGCUGCAGCGGCUGCCCAGAACGAUGCCAGCAGUCUCGGUGCGGCCGUACUGCAGCAGGCGGCACUGUCGAAGGCGGCCAUACAGCAUCUACACAGCCGGGGUCGCUCGUACGAUGUGUCGAACCUGCACGCCAACUUUGGCGAACUGCCGCCCGGCUGGGAACAAGCCAAAACACAGGAUGGACGCAUCUACUACAUCAACCACAACACAAGAACGACCACGUGGGAGGACCCGCGCAUCACCGCCAUGCAGGAAAGCCUUUUCCAGCAGCAGUCCAGCGUAGAGACCCUGUUCAAUACCGGCUCCCAGACGUUGCUCAGUCCCACGAUCUCCUCCCCGACGCCGACCAACAAUGUGGUAUUUCCAGAUACAAUUCAAAUGACAAAUGACAAUCUCGCACCGUCGAACGCCGCCCCAACGGCAUCGAUGCUGACCGGCAGCAAUGUCGAUCUGGGCCCACUGCCGGAAGGAUGGGAGGAAGGCAUCACGGAGAAGGGCGAACGGUACUAUAUCAAUCACGCGACUCGGUCGACCACCUGGCGGGAUCCCCGAUUGUCAAACCAAGAUUGGGCAGUACAAGAGCAAACGGUACGUCUGUACAACCUGCAGCUGGAACGGGAACGACUUCGGAAACGGCAGCAAGAGAUCAAAUCACAUGAGUCCGGUGAUAGCGGUUUGAGCGAAUCGUCCAUGACGCAGUCGAUGCCCCACACGCCCGAAUUUCUCUCCAGUAUAGACGACAGUAUGGAUGGGCUGAGCAUGACGGAUAACACGAUGGACACUAUAGCAUUUGGGGAUAAUCUCGAGACGCCCGAUGAGUUUAUGCUGGACGAUCCUUUGCUGUUGGAAAAAAUUGAUGCCGUCACCAACCUGACCCUGAUGGAUCCGACGAGUAGUAAAACGGAAAACACGCUCUACGACAUCAUCUAACGUUUGAUGUGUGCAACAAACAACAAAAAAACCCCCCCAGUUAGAGCAUAGGCCAACCCCACUAGUACACGUACCACUUACAUGUGUACAUCCGCAAAAGGGUGAAAGAAACACACACACAUAUUCACACACAUACAUAAAGGUACAUCCAUUGAAACCAUCCCAAAUCCCACCCUAAACCCCAAAAAAAAAACAACGGUAAGCGGAUCCAGUGAAUCGGAAAAUUACGUCGUUCCGAUUCCUUCACGAGAGAUGUGUUUGGACACAUCGAUCCAGCCCCCAAAACGCUCCACUAGUGGUCGGAAGCUACUUAACUGGGAACAGGGCUCAGAACGGGAUCCACUUUCGCUAGAGAUCGACUAUCUGUAAGGGGGUCGAAACACUCCUUAAUUCAUGUUAUACUGUAGUAGGAUCUAUUAUUUCUAGAUUUAUGUUUUUUUUUUCUGUCCUUUUGUUCCGUUACAUCGAGGUAAUGAUUAUUAUUACAAGAGGGAAAAAAACAUUAUUAGUGUUUACGCUUAGGUACGGAUUAUUAUUGUAUUUUUUUUUUUACUUCUAUUAUUUUUUUUUAAUCAAAUUUAGAUAAAACGUGAGAUUGAUUGUGUGCUAGUGUAGAACGCAUGAACGAGGAUGAUCGUGCAGCAGCUGAAGCUGCGAGAAGAUGUGGCGAACAUUAGGUAAAAAAAAAAUUAAAAGUGAAGCGCAAGCAAUUCAAGUGCCUUAAACGAUUGAAACAGGAUGAAACAGAGAGCUAGUAAAACACAAUGUAUGAAGCGAGGCAAUACACUAGGUACGCCCCGGGAAGGAUGUGUAUUAUAAUGCAAUAAUGCGAACUUGUGUGGAACACGUAUACGAGCAGACGUAUGUACGUGUAUAUAUAUAUAUGCCAGUGGUGCAGAUGCACUCAUUUUGCCACUGGUACAGUGUGGUAGACAAUCCGCUUUACUAGCGUAACUAGCGCGGCAAACGGUUUUCUGAGUGCGAGUGCCGUACGGCAGUGUUUGGUUGCGUAUCUUUGUGUGAGAUUGAGAUGAUUGAGUCUUGUGCGAAUGGUACUGCCGUCUGUCUGUGUUUUAUUGGUACAGUCCAAUAUUUCUAGCCAUAAGUAGUAGCAGAUAGUAGUAGCGUCGAGUGUGCGAGGAGCACGCGAAAUGACUCCCGUGUCUGCAGCAUGCAUAACCAGCCAAGCAGCAUAUCAGCCCCCCCGCCGGUGGUCCAAUGAUCUUGAUAAUGUGGCAUUUUUCCAUAGUGAAUUGUCUGCUGGAAACGAGACCCAUGGUAUGAUGCAUUUAUUUUUUGUUUUGUUGUUUUGUUUUUAAACAGACAGACACGAUCAACGCAAAAGAUCACUGGAACCUUAAUGCCAACGAUGGUCCAAAUGUUGUGGCAUUAUCAGCAGGUCCACGUGCGCACACAUGCUAGUGUAGUAAUGGAAAACCAAUUCGCAAUGCAUGUGUGUGUCACAGUGAAUGUGUUUGUGUGCAAAAUCGCCACAAAGGACUAGUUUGUUUUUUUUUACAAAUUUCUUUUGCGAUAAGAUUUAAUCCGUUUCGCGCAGCAAUGUGGGAUAUACGCACUGAUGGAUUGUCACACUUGGUGUGCCUUAAGGACCCGGGGCCCGUGCAGAUGUUGAAACAAUUUUUGUUUUUUUUUUUAAUAAUUUUGAUGCUAUUGAAAAAUUAAUUAGGAUAAACUCGACGAGUGGCGUAUGCAAUUAUAUAGAUUUUAUGUUUCAUUUUACAUCUUUCGCAUUGUUCCUUCCAGUUGGCCAAUGCCAGCUAUCUUUACCUCCAGACUGGGGAAUGACGGUUUUUUGGGGGAGGCAAGCGACAGCGAAACUAUCUUCUGCAUAAGUUCUGUAGCUACAUAAUUAAGCGAAGACUACAGAAAGGGCCGCAUUGUCUUGGAAGGCAAACGAGCAGGCAAACAUGAAACAUCGGUAGAUGUGAAGCUGUAUCUUCCCCCGCGUCCAACUGGUAGGAAACGCGAAAGGGCGAAGAAAUAGAACAUAAGCCAAGAUAAACAUAUCCCUACUGAUGAUCAUCUACUUAUCUACUUACGCUCACUGUACGGUUCAUUUUAUUAUCACCUUCAUAGUUACUGCAAAACAAACCAACUGACAAAGUCAACAUGGUCAACACAUUCUUGCAAUAGAGCAGCUUUGAAACUUU